AUGGUCACAUAUCAAAACGACAACCAUCACCACCCAUCCUACAACAUGGCAUUUAGCAAGAAAGAGAUUAAAGCUUUGUUCUAUAAGAUACAAGCUGCUCUUGAUGAGAUCGAUGAAAGCGUAGAGGAGAGAACUAAGUUACAUGAACUUGAUCUAAAACCUUCCGCCAAUGAUAAUGAAGAGUUGAUCAAUCUAAUUCACAAGACUAUUGAAAACUUCGAGUUAGCACAGGCAGAAGUAGAACACCACAAGGACGAAGACUUAUUUGAUCAACUCAAGCGACUCUCCGAUAAAUACACGGACCUUUACCCUAGUCUUCAAAACGAUGCUGAUAUAGAUGCACCAGAGUUUAACUAUGAGACCCCCAAACCUACCAAAGCAACUACAACUAAAGCAGUAAGAUUCAAAGAUGAUCCAGAGGAGCCCAUAACUUCUGAUAUGAUGGGUACUCAACCAUUUCAACCAUAUAGAGACGAUCCAGGGGAAUCAGCUGACGAAGAAGAGGUGGAUUCACGAUCAAAUCAUCAAAUGUUUGCUGAGCAUCAACAAACAAUGAUGCGACAAGAUCAGGAUUUGGAUUAUUUACACCAGCUGAUAAGUAGGCAACAUAUGAUGGGAAAGGAUAUUGAUCAAGAGUUGGAUGAACAAUUGAUCAUUUUAAAUGAUUUGGAACAAGGUGUUGAUAAUUCUAGUUUUAGAAUCCAACGAGCUACAACUAGAUUAAAUGAUUUCAGGCGAAUGGCAAGAGAGAAUGGGAGUUUAACUACAAUUAUAAUUCUAACCAUCAUUUUAAUUCUUUUAUUAGUUGUACUUAAUUAG